GCUUGCUAUGUGUUUACACUGUUGCGGGCGUAGCUAGUACCGACAGAUGGUCUGCCUAACUUCACCUCUCCGCUGAUAUACACCCCUAGGCGAAUGUUUUAUGUUAAAAUAGUGCCAACCCUGACACGGGCAGGGGUGGAUAUUACCUUUAAACCUUUAUUAUGUAGUAGACAACUUCGGUCCACUGUCACCUCCACCUCGGCGUCCCAGAGGAGGCAGCAAGACGACAGCACCGGUCAACAUGACUCGGCACAGUCGGAGAGUCCCGGAGAGCCCGGUGCAGGAGGGAGAUGCAGCAGUAGCACCACCGCUAAUGAGAUCACCGUAGACUUUGACCAAAGCCAGGAGGCUUAUAAGAGCAAAGACUCAUUAGAGCUGCUGAGAAGUUUGGUGGUUUUUAAACUCUGCUCCUAUGACUUCCUGGUUGAUAAGAAUCAAGAGAUAAUGGAUCUCGGUAAGACGAUCCUGGGCCAGAGAGGCUUCAAUCAGUUCAUGAAGAUGACAUUUUAUGGUCAGUUUGUGGCUGGUGAGGACCAUCGGGCCAUCAAGCCGCUGAUCCAGAAGAAUCAGGCCUUUGGCGUUGGCUCUGUCCUGGACUACAGUGUUGAGGAAGACAUCAGUCAAGAGGAGGCUGAGCUGAAUGAGAAGGACUCAUGCGUAUCCAGUGCAGAGAAAGAUAGCAUAGGCAAGGACCACAUAGAGCAAGGAUUUCACGCACACAAGCAGUUUGGUGACCAGCGUGGGGGCGUAACGGGAGCCCGCACGUAUUUAUAUGCAGACGAGGCCAAAUGUGACCAGCACAUGGAAACCUUUAUUAAAUGUAUCAAAGCGUCGGGUGGGAGUUCAAUGGACGGUUUUUCUGCCAUCAAAAUGACUGCUCUAGGACGACCUCAGUUUCUGCUCCAGUUCUCAGAGGUCCUGAUGAAAUGGAAGCGAUUUUUCACUUUCCUGUCAUCACAGCAGGGGAAAGAUGGUAUGGAGGCCUUAGAGCAGAAGCUGGACCUCAAACAACUGCAGGAAUUCUUGACCAAACUGGGUGCAAAAGGUGGCUACUAUGGCUGGUUUACUGGAAGAGAAGAGGUAUCAUCAGGAACUAUAGACAUGCUCGACUGGAACAGCCUUAUAGAUGACAGAACAAAGAUUUCGGACCUGCUUGUUGUCCCAAACGUAGAGCUAGGUGAGCUAGAGCCUCUACUGGGGAUGUUCACUGCAGAGGAGGAGAGACAAAUGGAGAGGAUCUUUCAGCGCAUGGAUGUCUUAGCAAAGCAUGCCAUAGAGAAUGGCGUUCGCUUGAUGGUGGAUGCAGAGCAAACUUAUUUCCAGCCAGCUAUCAACAGACUGACAGUGGAGAUGCAGAGGAUCUACAACAAAGACAAACCUGUCAUAUUCAACACCUACCAGUGCUACCUCAAGGAGGCCUAUGACAAUGUAACUAUGGAUGUAGAAUUGUCUAGACGUGAAGGUUGGCACUUUGCUGCCAAGUUGGUGCGUGGGGCCUACAUGUAUCAGGAGCGAGAGAGGGCCAAAGAGAUUGGUUAUGAGGACCCUAUUAACCCUGACUACGAAUCUACUAAUUGGAUGUACCACAGGUGUCUGGACUAUGUGCUGGAUGAGAUUGCACUCAAAAGAAAUGCUAAUGUUAUGGUGGCUUCCCAUAAUGAGGACACGGUGAAACACACCUUGAGGAGAAUGAAUGAGUUGUGUCUCUUGCCCAGAGAGAACAAGGUGUUCUUUGGUCAGCUACUGGGUAUGUGUGAUCAGAUCAGCUUCCCACUGGGCCAGGCAGGCUUCCCGGUCUAUAAGUACGUCCCAUAUGGCCCAGUGAAUGAGGUGAUGCCCUACCUGUCUCGGAGAGCCCAGGAGAACCGAGGCUUCAUGAAGGGUGCCCAAAAGGAGAGGGAUCUGCUGUGGAAAGAGCUGAAACGCAGGCUUGCCUCUGGGGAGCUUCUCUACAGACCGAUGUACUGAAAUCACUGAAGAAGAGACAGAGAAGAGAGUGUGUCAACAUGUCAAGUUUUUUUUUUUUUUUUUUUUUUUUAAAUCUUCUCUGGUUGAUAGCUGCUGCUGUGGCUGUCUGUUCUAUCUCAGCCUCUGUUCAGGCUCUCUCUGGAUAUACAUCUCCUGUUCUACCCUGUCCUGGAGUUUUCUUGUUGAUGGACUAUUCUGCAUGUCACUCUCUUUCUCUUGUCUUUUUUUUUUCUUUUCUCUAUUUCACCGUUGUUUUUCACCACCGCUUGCUAUACCGUUCUGUUCCUCGUCAAUGUCACCCACCUUCAACCCCGUCCUUUCUUAUGUGCUCUGCUCAUGUUCUCUCUAUUUCUUUAUCCGCCUCUGCGUCCAUAAGCAUUCCUCAUUUUGUCUUCCCGUUGUCUACAGAGCUCUAGUAUCCAUCAAGUGGGCAUCUUUACUGUUCCAAAAGGACUCCCUAAAAUGUCAACGAGACCAGGGCGGGCGUUUCUUUUUAUCACCCUAUUUAUCUUGGAAGGGGACAACAAUAAUAAAAAUAACAGGCUUGAUUUAAAUGGUAGUAAAGGAAACAUCAAUAUUCUCCUAUAUUAUGUUUUUCUUUACUCAUGGACAGCCACACAGUACCCCCAAGGAGGCUUCUCUAUAUAUUUGUAUGCUAUGUUUGAGGUUGUAUUGCUGGUUUAAAAAAUGACGCCUGUUUAUGAAUCAGUGAGAAAGUAUUAAAAGCUCUUCACGGCACAUCCCUCUUCUUGUAAGAGCGGAAUGCUUUUUGUUAUUGUAUUUACUGAAGGAAGCUAUAUUCUUGGUCACUGAGGUGUUACAUGUGAACACACAAUGUUCAGUAUUCAGUGGGUGAAUCUCCUUUUAAUACAGACACCUGCGAGCCUGGCAGGUUGUUUUUUUCUUGACAACAUGAGAUAACAUACAAGGGAAUAAUAGGUUAGAGGGAUUUUUUUUUGGUUUUAUUAUAUUUUUGAUGGACUAUACAUUUCCUUCUUUGACAAUGUAAAUAUGUUUAAAGCAGGUUAUUCCAUUUGUAGGACCUUUUAAAAAUGCUCAAUAA